AUGCAGCUGAGAAUCCCCAUCGUGGUCAUUCUCUCCACUCUUAAUGUCUUAGCCUGUCAAGCCGCAUGGGUCAGCAAGUUCCCGUGUUCAUCCGUCGAUUACGAUCCACUGGAGGGCCCAUUUCGAAUCGACAGCAUCCGCGGCACUUUGGAAACAUCGAAUGGAUCGACAGUAUUGUCAUUGUCCAUACUGGCAAUCCACGACAUAGCACGGUUCGAUUGCAACGAUCUCGAUCUGCCACGGCUGGAGGAUUCCAUACGUUUUCAUGCGCUGGGCGUUCCAUUCGGUGCGGUAACGAGUCUCAGCAGCAAUUGCCCACUGCAGAUUGCCAACACCCUGAGGCCUCCCGAUGGUUUUCUCUUCUCGAGAUUUGAGCUCUCGUAUUCCUUUAACCAUCCUCAUCGGCUUCAAACUGCCGUUGCAGAUCUAAGCUUUCGUACUCAUGAUGGCCAUGAACUUGAUUGCGUGGUGCCCAGGAUCACCCCGGACAUCGGCACACCAGCUUCGGUGGUAUUUACGUAUUUCCCGGCUGCUGUCAUGGUCCUGGUUGGCAUCGCAUCAUGGACGAAAAACCGGAAUGAUGAAUCGGCAUGGUCGACGCUGUUUGGGAGUCGAGUGGCCCAGUCUGUUCUUAGCUCGGCGUGGAAAGUCAUUCUCGAGCUAGCUGACUACCUUCGGUAUCUGCAGUUCAUGUUACUGGCUGGCUCACUCACACUGGAUUAUCCUGGGUUCUAUCAGCCGGUCAUCAGCCAAACGGCCUGGUCAUCUCUUCUUUACUGGACAGGCCCUGUCGACCAUGGCUUUACUUACACGGGGGUCGAGGACGGGCUGUACGUCAGUAACAGAUCAUACGGGCUUGACUAUAUGUCGCAAAUGAUUGGCUUUCCCACGAUGCCGGAUAUCAUGAUUGAUGCGUUUAUCAACCUGGUCAUCCUCGUCUUCGCGGUCUUUGUCUUAUCCUUUACGCUCUAUCUGGCAAUGUCGCAGUUCGGUCGGAGCUUUCACCUGAGCCUUGUCACCUGGGACGCAGGGUUCAUUUUCUUUGGCAUGAUAUUGUCGUUCUUCAGCCUGCCUCUGCUGGCUUUCAUGUCCUAUGAGUUGAUUCUCAUUGGGUAUCUGCCCAAUUACCGUAUCUUUUUAGUUGCGGUGUCCAUGGCAAUCAUUGUCUAUGCGAAUUUCCUCAUCACCCGCCACGUGAACAUUCGGAGGGAGCCUACCGAUAUUUCAUCCCCGGAUGCCGCUUUACCAAGCAGCAGGUCGGCCAGGUAUCUACAGAUUGCCCACAAGUAUUUGGGGCAAUAUUUGCCGGCCUCGAUUCCACUAUUGCAGGGUAUCAUCAUUGGUGGGGUACAGGACUGGGGGCUAUCUCAGGCUCUUUUGUUGAUGGGAAUCGAGAUUAUCCUUCUUCUUCAUUUGACGAUCUCGCUUCGUGUGAGGAUUUUUGUAUCGAUUCCUGCUUGGUGCAGUAUUGCUCGACUUUUCAUUGUUUGCCUGACUCUCACCUUUGCAAUCUCGAAAAACGAGGUGGCAAAGGAAUGGGUGGGAUAUGUAUUGCUAUGUUUCCAUGGCAUUGUGAUCAUCUUUGGCUUUCUCUGCGUUGCGGUUUGGCGCCUCACCCAAGCCAUCUCAAAGAGAGCUCGGCCCAGUAGCCGAGUACAGUCUUCUGGAAGAAGCGAUUCCAAUUCCUUCACGCUUUCAUACCAAGGCCAACACCCACCCAGUAUCCGAAGCGAAGGCUCAGGAUUUCCAUUAAACCGGAUUAAGCGAAACCGGCAUAAACCCGGCUUUUCAACAUCAGAAGAGCCAGAGAAUCCUGAGAUCCUUGGGAAAUCGUCUUCAUCCUCGAAUGGCCCCGGAAGCUCAGCGGACCAGUUCCCUACACCACACCACCCAAAACACUACGUCACGGACUUCUCUGCCUUCUAUAGACAGCCACGACAAUCAAGUCUUCCUCCUUCCCACAAAGAGACACCAAGCUCAUCAGGUGCCUCCAAGAUAUCCUACGACGGGGUCGGUGAAAAUUCAUGCAGUGAUACAAGUUCAUCAGAGCCUCGAGAUUCAUUCGACGAACUUAUGGAAGUUCCAAUCAGACCUGAAGUUGACUAUUCUGUGAGAGAGUCAGAUGCUUACUAUAGGGUAUCGGCCAAUGGGCUGGUCUCGCCUACCCCUAAUCCAGCCGAAUCGGCAGAAGAAACUCAAAAGGAUCGGGGUAGCAUGCGUGGAUGGGCAGCAAGGACUGCAGAGAUGUGGAAUCCUCCGAAGAAGGAAAAGGGAUUCCAAGUGAUGAGACCACCACGGCCAGAUUGA